AUGCCAGAUCAAGACGAGCAGGCCAGCCAGCCGAUAGGCUUCCCGCAAUCUCGUUUCUUCAAGGAGCAACGAGCACCCACGCUCCCCAGCCCCUCAGAGGUCCGAGCUCUGAACCUGCAGUCUGGAAACGAUCGCGCCAACAACUUUUACCGCCCUUCGCCUGUCAUGGUGCCGGCGAUGGGGCUUUUGGUGAAAUAUGGCGCCGACGUUACCCGGGUGGAAUUGGAAACGCAAAUAUGGGUUCGUGAGCAGCUUGACGGACGUGUUCCCAUCCCCGAAGUUUUCGGGUGGGCCGAGGAUGGUGAACAGGGGUUUAUCUACAUGGCCCUCGUCGACGGCAAGCCACUCCAGGAGCUGUGGGGUGGCAUGACCGAAGGAAGUUUAGGCGACAGACGCUUGAACGACAUCUUCCUUCGGUGCCAUCCAGAUCUGGCCGGCCCCUUUUGUGGCCCUGAUGCGGUACGCCAGUUCCAGGACGGCUGCGAUAUAGAAAUCCCCCCGGCCGAUGUUGCUAUUGCCUUUACCCACAACGACCUUGUCGCGCCAAACAUCCUUCUAUCGCUAGGCCCCAAUCCCAAAGUGGCGGCCGUCAUCGACUGGGCCCAGUCGGGCUGGUACCCGGCCUAUUGGGAAUGCUGCAAGGCCAAGCGCGUCCGGUAUCCGCCAAAAAAUUCGAGCGAUGAAGUGCUCCAAGACGAAUGGGCUGCCAAAUAUGUGCCCCUCAUCCCGGAUCCCGUGGAUGACGAAAAAUACAACUAUCCCUGGAUAUAUUUUGUUCUUUCUAAAGGGAUAUAA